GACGCGGAUGGAGUGAGUGAAUGAUUUAAAUUAAAAACAAAAUAAUAGACAACAGAAAUAUAAAUGUGGCAGUUUUUGGCGCGAAAUCGACAAAUUGCUGUGAUGUUGGGGAUUUUAGUGGUCGCAGCAAUCGUUGCCUUGGUGGUUGCGAGUACAGCUGCAAGAAGAGAACACAAUAGAUACAAAUCUGAGGAACCGGACGAUAUCAGCACAGAUCCUCAUGUAUUUUCCGCACACAGGCUACCAGCUGACGACCGUCUCAUGCCUUCAAUUGGUAACGGUCACAUAGCAACAAACAUUUUCAGUGACACCGUUUAUAUGAACGGAGUGUACAAUGGACGAAAAGGUGAAAGUCACCGAGCGAGGAUACCUGGGUGGGCGAAUAUCAGACUGAAUUCAACUUUAACACAUUUCCCGUACAGUCCAGUUUAUAGUUUGGAUACCAAAGAAGGUGUCUUUAAAGUCCAAGUGGACAGAGAUAGGUCAAUUGUCACGCAAAGGAUAUACGCGCACAGGUUUUACACGAGAGCCAUUGUCAAUCAGAUUCAGGUGGUCGCAAAACCGCAUACAGACCCAAAUUUUAUGCACCACGAAAUCUGGAUAGCCAUCAAACAAAUGCCGGGCCCCGACAGUGAGGACAUAGCGUUUGAACCCCACACCCCUGAGAUCUUCGAAGGUAGGACCUUGUGGAGCACCUGUGGGAAGACCAGGGAACCUGAAGAUUAUGAGUACCAGAAGUAUCCUGUAGAGGUAUGUGCGUAUUGGACUUCAGUGCCGGAUCACCUAGUUGUGCCCCAACAUGGGUCAAGGGUGAUAACGUUUGCUAUGACCGUGGACCACAACAGAACCGUUGCGAGAGAUGAACUGAUUAAAGUGUUACAGGAAGAUGGAGAAGACCUUUACACGAAACACGUGGCGCACUGGCGGAAGCUUUACCAGCAUGCCGGCAUGGAAAUUGAAGGCAACCUCAAAUUGUCUAAAAUCGUAAACGGUAUCUGGUACUACUACUUAAGUUCCUUGCCCUCCGAAGAGAGUUAUCAUCGUCCGGAGAAGUUUUUCGGCUUGAGUCCUACGGGACUUGCCAGAGGAGGGUCCAAUUUUGACGAUUAUGAGGGACAUAACUUCUGGGACACAGAGUUCUGGAUGUUCCCAACGAUACUGCUGCUUUAUCCGAAGUACGCUCGCGAUCUCCUCCAAUACCGCCUCGACACGACGUACGUGGCUGCUGAACUAGCUAAAAUUACCAGUAAUAAAGGAUAUAGAUUCCCCUGGGAAAGUGCUUACACCGGGAUAGAAGUGACGCAGCCGUGUUGUCCAGAGGUAGCUGAAUUUGAGCAGCACAUCACUGGCUGCAUAUCGUUCGCAGCCAGGCAGUACUUGGCGACUACUAGAGACGAACAAUGGCUUGAGCACGGCGGCUGUCCCCUCGUCUCCUAUAUUGCUGACUUCUGGGCUUCUAGAGCUCUCAUCAAUUACGAAACAGGACUUUAUGAUAUUUCAAAUGUAAUGGGCCCUGACGAAGACCAUAGCAAUGUGACUAAUUCAGCUUUCACUAACGUCGUGGCGGGAUAUUCACUAUAUUUGGCACAAUACGUUGCCUGCCUAUGCAAGUCUUACUACCACACCGAAGACCCUGACCACUGGGCAGACAUAGCUUUCAGCCUGGCCUUACCUUAUGAUAAGACCCUGGACUAUCAUCCUCAAUUCCAGGGCUAUAAGAGAGGGGAGACGAUCAAACAAGCUGAUGUUGUGUUGUUAGGAUUCCCAUUGCAGUAUCCUAUGAAUGCGUCAACAAAAUCCAAUGAUCUGUCAUAUUACGCGUCCGUAACGAGAUCCAGCGGGCCGGCCAUGACUUGGAGCAUGCACACGGUUGGUCAUCUACAGCUCAUGGAGAAUAGUAAAGCUGCCAAAAUGUUCAACAAGAGUUAUGAGGGAUAUGUCAGAGAACCGUUUAAGAUUUGGAGUGAAAACCGUCGUCCCAACAUAGGGGCAGUGAACUUCCUCACUGGUAUGGGCGGGUUUCUUCAAGCUCUAGUCUUUGGCUAUGCAGGUGUUAGCAUCCAUCUUGACAGACUGCAGAUAUAUCGUCCCCAGCUACCUAAUAAUACGAGCAGGCUUAAGAUUAAAGGCAUCAAGUAUUUGGGUGCAAACUUAACUUUAGAUAUUGUUGAGGCUGGGACGUCGUUGACGGUGACGUCACUAGGGGACGAUUGGAGUUUGCGGUUGUACGACGGCAAAUACAACACAACGUUAGUGCCGAAAAUGUCGGUAACAUUAUCAGGCGAGGGUCCUUUCACAAUAAGCGCCGAGCAUUGGAAGAGUUGCAAGCCGCCAGCCGACGUCAUAGGGCACAACUAUCUUAGGCCGAACGAAGAACGGAAAUAG